CUUACUUGCCGCCUCAAUUUGUCGUCGCCCCUCGCGAGAUUCACGUCGUCAAUGCGGAAAAGCCCGUCCCCAGAGCCAAUAGCUCCCGCAUAUUUCGUUUUUCCGAAGAAAAGGAAAACAGCAAUUAUUGCCGGCUCAACAAAUAAAUAUAUUUCAGCGCGUGUGCUUGGCAUUUGUUUUUUUUUGGAGUGCACUCGAUCUUGGGGCCAGCAAAAGUGCUGAAAGUGCUCGCGGGCACACAAACGCUGCACCUGUCUCACCUGAGCGCUUCAAGCCACAAAAGUGUAAAGUGCAGCGCGACUCUGUGCUUUCCGUCGUUGCUAUUUCGAUUUCGAGAUCCGCGAGAUUCAGCAAGAAUUCUGCGAGCGUAAGCGAGUGUUGUUAUUGCCGCCGCGCUCUAAUUGCCAGGUUUCGUGUGGAGAAUUCUUCGGCCGCUUCUUUGCUUCUUCUUGGGACGCCCGCACCGCAAAUGAGCUGCCUGUGAAGAAGCGCCAACAAAAUGAUGACGAUGACAGCAGCCUCGGCCUCGAUUUCCACCUCCACAUCCACGUCCGCAUCCGCCUCGAUAACCAACUCGGCGUCGACGGACUGCAGCAGCAGCAUGCAGGGAUCAACGACCAGCUCGGCGUCCAGCGAUGUGAUGACCUUGACCACCACGGCGGCCUCCUCGUGGUGCGCCAUUCCGGCGAGCUCCCGCCUGCGGGUCCUCCGUCUGGUGAGGCCGCACCAGAGGCGUCUCCUAGUCGGCGGUCCGGAGCGGGGCAGCACCUACGGAUUCGCGGUGCGUGGAGGACGGGAGCACGGCACCGGUUUCUUUGUGUCCCACGUGGAGCACGGCGGCGAGGCGCAGCUGAAGGGCUUGCGGGUUGGCGACCAGAUCUUGCGGAUCAAUGGCUUUCGCUUGGACGACGCCGUGCACAAGGAGUUCAUCCAACUGGUGGCCGGCCAGGAUCGGGUCACCCUGAAGGUGCGCGGCGUGGGCAUGCUGCCGGUGAGGGACCAACCGGAGGAGCGUUUGUCCUGGAGCGUGGUGAAGCUGCCCAGUGUGAGUGGCACCCCCUCGGAGAGUUCCUUCAAGGGCGAGAGGCGUGGCACCAGCCGGGACAUCAGUGUGGUGCUCCAUGUGGCGCCCAGGACGAAGCUGGGCCUGGGGAUUUGCAAGGGUCCCGAGUGGAAGCCGGGCAUCUUUGUGCAGUUCACCAAGGAGCGCAGUGUGGCCCGGGAGGCGGGUCUGCGUCCGGGCGACCAGAUCCUCAGCGUCAACAGCAUCGACUUCUCGGAUGUCCUCUUCAGUGAGGCCGUGGCCGUGAUGAAGAGCAGCAGCAAGCUGGACAUGGUGGUGCGCACGGCGGCCGGAUGCGAUCUGUUUCCGGGCGAAUCCAGCGGCUACAACAGCUCCGCCAGCUCGGUGACGGGCGAUCAGAGUCCCUGCUGGGCGGAUGCCAAGUCCAAGCGGUUGACAGCGGUCAGGGAGGAGUCCGGCGGAGGCCUUAGCUCGGGAUCUGGAGUGGGAAACGGAAGUGGCAGUGCCAACUGGUCGCAGGGCGUUGAGGUGCACAAGCAGAUGAACAAGACCAUCAUCAAGCUGACGGAGAACGGGACCUCUAUAAACAACACCUACGUGGCCAGUUCCGGCAGCAGCUCCGUUUCCGGCUCCGGUUCGUCCGCCAGCGGAACUUCCGGUCGCAGCCAGCAGUCGCUAUCGCAAACGCAAUCGAGUCCUUCCCGCAACUCAACCACCAUGAAGCGCAGCCACCUGAGGCCAGUUAGUUCUGCGGCAUCAGCCGUGGGACCAGGAUCGGGAUCAGGAGGACUAAUCGCCGCACCUGCUCCCCCGCCGCCAGUCAUCAAUGAAGGAGCUAGUCCCAGCGGCUCAGCGGGCAGCAGUCUGUCCAGUGCCAUAACCGAGGAGCUGAAGAAGCGCAAAGAGAAGCAGCAGCAGCAGCAACAUCAGCAGCGCAACAACCGCGAUCGAGAUAGAGAUCGAGAUGAAAAUGGAAACGUGGGUCGUCAGCUGGCGGGGCACAAUGGCAGUGGAAUUGCAAGUGGAGGCGGAGGCCACCGCAGCUCCGGCGGACAAGUGUCGCAUCGCCCUCGGGCGAAUGUUGCUGGCGUGGCUGCAACACUGCAGGGCAGCGAACGCAUCAGCACUGUGGGAGGCGGCGGCGGCGGCGGCGGCGGAGGAGCAGGUGGAUCGAUCGGAGCUGGCGGAGAUCAGCACACGGCGCUGAUGGACGAAUUCAAGCGGGCGCACCAGCGAAUGUUCAGGAACGGGUUCCACGAGAGCGAGCACAAGUUGUCCAGUCUUGGCAAGAGCUCGUUGCGGAAUAGAUCGCACCACGGCCGGAAAAUGAGUUUGCUGCGGGUGAAGAACGGCGGAGCUGGCGGAGCAGGGGGCGAGGGGUCGGGGGUCAUGCCCACCAUGCGUCCCGUGAGCAUGGGCCGGCCCCUGGUGACCAUGUCCACCUACCAGGAGCGCGUUGAAACGCUGAAACGCACCUCUAUUAUGCCAGACGAGAGCUGUUAUCGGAACAGUAUCAACAGCAAUGGCUUCAGCAGCAACAGGAGCAACGGCAGCAACAGCCACAGCAGCAACACGAGCAACAGCAACACUAGCAACAACAGUCGCCUGCAGCCCCAGAACGGAUUUACUCCGGCGAAUGGCAACGGAUCGCCGGAACUUCCGCCACCGCCGCCACAGUUCGCCAAUCCCCAGCCAAAGCAGAUGCCGCCCCAGCAGCUCAAGCUGGUGACCGGAAGCGGAGCGACGAACGGAAACGGAAGCGGGAUAGGACUGGGCAAUGGCAGCUUGGCCAAGGUCAAGCAGCCCAUGUCGCCCAUGCGCAGUGCCAGCAUCAGUGUGGGCGGCUUCCGGCCGCCAGCCACGCCCCAGCCCGACUACGACGCCGUCCAGCUGAGAUCCCCUCCAGCAGCUGGAGCGGGAAAGGGAGCCGGACCCGCCACGAGUCAGCAGCAGAGGCGGACCCUGCGCUUGGGCACGGUGACCAUCGGCGAGUACGGGGACCAGAGGACGACGGGGAAGCGCGAAACCCUGCGAAAGACGAACGGGGAGGCCGGCUCCAAUGGGAUCCUGAAGAACGGCACCAGCCGGAGCAGCGCCAGCUUCAACCACGGCUCCGCGCACCAGCCGGAGAAGUCCAUUAAGUUCGGCAACUGACGGCGCCGGAUGCGACCCGGAUAAACAUACUUUUGUGCAAUAUGCUCGACGACUGGGGAUCGGAAUCAACAAGGAGAGUACAAAGAUUCGGACGUGCAGCGGCUUUCCACAUGCAUACAUAUCUACCAUAUCCAUUACCUUAUACCAUUUUUUUUGUUUACCCCUAACUCUUAUUGUAUUUUUUUUACUACUUGUUGGAAAUGUUCUCCCACUAGCUGCUAUUAUUUAACCAACACUGUAAAUAACCCACUGGCGAGUGUGUGUGUUUCCAAUAAAGCAUAUACGUACCUUA